AUGGCGUCCGUCGCAGCGUGGCUGCCGUUCGCACGCGCGGCCGCCAUCGGAUGGGUGCCUAUAGCACGGCAACCAAUGCCAGAAGCACCGAUAGCAUUACAGGCCAAAGAUCUGGCUGUCGAUCACGUGUCUGAUGAGAAAUUGUCGAUAAACAUCUCAGGACGAAAAUUUGAAACCUGGAAAAAUACGCUGGAAAAAUUUCCUGAAACAUUAUUAGGGUCAAAUGAGAAGGAAUUUUUCUAUGACGAAGAUACGGGCGAAUAUUUUUUCGAUCGGGAUCCAGAUAUAUUCCGCCAUAUACUUACUUUUUAUCGCACUGGAAAAUUACAUUAUCCCCGCCACGAAUGUCUAGUUGCAUACGAUGAGGAGUUGUCAUUUUUUGGCAUCAUGCCAGAUCUGAUAAGUGAUUGUUGUUAUGAAGAUUAUAAGGACAAGAAACGGGAAAAUCAAGAACGAUUGCUAGAAGAGCGACUCGAGAGUAUAGACUCCACUAAGCUCAAGCAAACUUUCCAACAAAAAAUGUGGGCAGCUUUUGAGAAUCCACAUACAUCAUCUGUCGCACUUGUAUUCUAUUAUGUUACGGGUUUUUUCAUUGCCGUUUCUGUGCUAUGUAAUAUUAUAGAAACCAUUCCUUGCUGGUAUGUCAACGACACCCCUACCUCCUGUGGAGAUGCCUAUGAAAAGCAAUUUUUUGUGCUAGACACUGCUUGCGUUAUCAUAUUUACUAUAGAAUAUUUAUUGCGGUUAUACGCAGCGCCGGAUAGAUGUCGAUUUUUGAGAUCAAUAAUGAGCGUUAUCGAUGUGGUCGCUAUUUUACCAUAUUAUAUAGGUUUGGGUUUACAGAAUAACAAAGAUGUAUCGGGAGCGUUUGUCACUUUACGAGUAUUUCGAGUUUUUCGAAUAUUUAAAUUCUCACGGCAUUCACAAGGACUUCGAAUACUUGGUUAUACUUUGAAAUCAUGUGCAUCCGAACUUGGUUUCCUGGUAUUCUCGCUAGCUAUGGCUAUAAUAAUCUUUGCCACAAUUAUGUACUAUGCUGAAAAGAAAGUCAAUGACACAAGGUUCACGUCAAUUCCAGCUGCAUUCUGGUACACUAUCGUUACGUUAACUACGCUUGGAUACGGUGACAUGGUUCCGUCUACGGUAAUGGGCAAGAUAGUGGGAGGCAUCUGUUCCUUAUCCGGUGUGUUGGUCAUCGCUCUACCUGUGCCUGUCAUCGUCAGCAACUUUUCUCGAAUUUAUCACCAAAAUCAACGUGCUGACAAGCGCCGAGCUCAAAAGAAAGCCCGUCUGGCACGAAUCCGUAUCGUGAAGAACGCUUCGGGUCAAGCUCUAUUCAACAAGAAAAAGGCGCACGAGGCUCGGAUGCAAGCGUUCGAGCAAGGGCUGCUAUCAUUUGAUGCGCUUCGCGAUGAGGAUAUAUUCGAGAUACAACAUCAUCAUCUAUUACAAUGUCUCGAAAAGGCAACGGAAAGAGAAUUUGUCGAAAGUGAUGUAACGUUCGAUGGAGGACAUUCGACACCACCAAUAUCCGAAGCAUCAUCUUUGAGUACGGUUCGACCGACCAAACACAAGCGGAAGUGGUGGUGUGUACGUGGUGAAGAUGAAGAAGAGCAUGAACAUGAAGAGGAAAGAGGAGCACGGGUGACAUUUAACCAAAGUAUGAACCAGGUCCAUGAAAGGACGCCUGACGAAAAAGUGGAAUUACACGAUAUAUGUGUUUCGCAGCUAUGACGCAUUUACGACAUAAGCAGGUUGUGGAAGCCCCCCUUCCCCCUUCUUCCGCCCGCCAACGUCUUGCCAAGAAUCUCAAAUAAUGUCCAUAUGCUCAGUGAAGUCAAAUUUAUGUGAUGUUGAAUACAGUAUUUGCUAGAAUAGGUCCCAUAGUUUAAUCAUAGUUCAACCCUAGAACAAAUAUUGCGCAUAGAUUACAAAAAUUGAAGUUUUUGCUAGGAUGUGUAGACUUGUCAUUUUAUCUUUGAUGUGCUCGCAUAUUUAUAUCACAUAUGAGAUUUUUAUCAAAAUUAUUCAU